AAUGCAACUUGUGACCCGGAAGCAGAAGAGAUUGGCACAUCCGGGUUACGGAGCAGGGACGCAGCAGCUUCGUUUGUCUUCACCUUUAUAGAUUUCCCAGCAGCCUCUGGGGCGAUUUCAGUAGCAGUAAAGAAGUAAAGAAGAGAUUUAAAAUGUCUGACGAGGAUGACAUCGCUCCGCCCGUGAAGAGGGGGCGUGUCUACUAUGGGAGCCUGGAGGAGAAAGAGCGGGAACGGCUGAGCUCCGACAUGGGGAGGAGCAAUACGUCAGGAAGUGAUGCGGUGAAGGCGGGGAUUGAGGCGGGAAACAUCAACAUCUCAUCAGGAGAGACGCUGGAGAUGGAGGAGCGGGUCAGCGAGCGGCAACAUGAAGCGCUGGCUGAGUUUGAGCGGCGGCGGCGUGCACGUCAGAUCACCGUCUCCACCGACGACACCGAGGUGAAGGCGGGUCUCCGGGCUCUCAGUGAGCCAAUCAUAUUGUUCGGGGAGGGACCAGCUGAUCGCCGGGAAAGGUUGCGUGGCGUUCUCUCUGUUGUUGGUCCAGACGCUCUGAAAAAGUCCAGAAAAGAUGAAGAACGAGGGAAAAGAUCACAGGACGAGUGUCAGCUGACGUGGUACCAUGAAGGCUCCGCCUCCCUGAAGGACGCCCGGCUCUGGUUGGCCAAAUACUCUCUGCCCCGGGCGUUGGAGCGUCUGGAGGCUGCGCGAGCUCAGCGGGACGUUGCCGAGGCGACGAUGGUGAUGCGACAGCAGGAGCUACACAAGAGUCUGAGGAAUUUGAACAACUUCUGCAGCCAGAUCGGUGACGAUCGACCAAUCAGCUUCUGCCAUUUCAGCCCUGACUCCAAGAUGCUGGCCACCGCCUCCUGGAGUGGUCUGUGUAAGCUGUGGUCCGUCCCCGACUGCAGCCCGAUCCGCACACUCAGAGGACACAGCACCAACGUGGGCGCCAUCGUGUUCCGCCCCCAGGCCGGCGUCUCUCUGGAACCAGCGGACGUCAGCUUGGCCUCGUGCGCUGCUGACGGCUCCGUGAAGCUGUGGAACCUCGAGAGCGACGAGCCCGUGGCGGACAUCGAGGGUCACAGUGAGCGAGUGUCCCGUGUGGCCUGGCAUCCAUCCGGAAGGUUCCUCGGAACGACGUGCUAUGAUAACUCGUGGCGUCUCUGGGAUCUGGAGGUUCAGGAGGAAAUCCUCCAUCAGGAAGGUCACAGCAAAGGAGUCCACGACCUCCACUUCCACCCCGACGGCUCGCUGGCUGCUACCGGAGGCCUGGAUUCGUUCGGCAGGGUGUGGGACCUCCGGACUGGACGCUGUGUGGUGUUCCUGGAGGGUCACCUGAAGGAGAUCUACAGCGUGCACUUCUCCCCCAACGGGUAUCACCUGGCAACAGGAAGUGGAGAUAACACCUGUAAGGUUUGGGAGCUGAGAAACAGGAAGUGCUUGUACACAGUCCCCGCCCACCAGAACCUACUGUCUUCAGUCCGCUUCCAACCCACAGACGGUCACUUCCUGUUGACCGGAGCGUAUGACAACACAGCAAAGGUUUGGAGUCAGCCUGGGUGGACGCCACUCAAGACGCUCGCCGGGCACGAGGGGAAGGUCAUGGGAGUCGACGUGUCACCUGAUGGGAAAUUGAUCGCAACCUGUUCCUAUGACCGCACCUUCAAACUCUGGGUAUCUGAGUGAUGUCACAGCACAUCAUUUAAUAAGUCAAUAUUAACUGGACUUUGUUUUGUUUAAUAAAAAUUUACAUUUUUAAAUUUUCAA